AUGCCUAUCGUCAACGUCAACGACGUAUCUGGAAAUUCAUUCGACUAUGUAGUUAUCGGCGGAGGGACUUCUGGAUCAGCGCUCGCCGCUCGAUUGGCGGAAGACUCUUCGCUCAGUGUCCUUGUCCUCGAAGCAGGACAAGAGAAUCUCAAUGAUCCCAAAAUCGACAUGCCAGGCCAGUACGGACAGACGUUUGGCGACACGAAGUACGAUUGGGGCUUCUCCACAGUAAAGCAGCCUUAUUGCAACGACAAACAACUUGGCUGGUCGCGAGGAAAGGCGCUAGGUGGAAGUUCAAGCAUGAACUUUUUCUGCUGGAUCAAGCCUCCUGCAGCUGAUAUCGACGCGUUCGAGAAACUCGGUAACCCUGGAUGGAACUGGGAGAAUUAUGCCAAGGUGUCCCGGAAGACGGAGACCUUCCACCUUCCAGCGAAAGAGCUGACCGAUCUCUAUCCACACACCUACGACCCCGACUUCCGUGGUCUCUCCGGCCCUCUCCAUGUCGCCAUUCCGUCGCAUGUCCACACAGUCGACAAGCUCGUGCAAGAAACGUUCGUGAACAAGGGUGUCAAGCCCAUCAAGGACCCGUACGGUGGUGAUAUUUCCGGCACCUGGAUCGCGUCGGCGACGAUGGAUCCGAAGACGUGGAAGCGUUCCUACGCGGCAACCUCGUACUUGGUUCCGAAUCUGGCGAGGCCCAACCUGAACGUGUUGACCGAAGCGCUCGUCUCACGCGUGCUCCUCGCCGAUGCGAAGGACGCAGAUGGCAACCUGACUGCAACAGGCGUUGAGUUCAUUGUUGAUGGCAAGAGUUACACUGCGAAGGCGAACAAAGAAGUAGUCGUCUCUGCUGGUGCCAUCAACACUCCCAAGAUCCUCGAACUUUCAGGAAUCGGCCGCAGCGAUGUCCUUUCCGAGAUCGGCGUCGAUGUGAAGCUUGAGCUACCAGGAGUCGGCGAGAACGUACAAGAACAUGUCUUCUUCGGCGUCUCGUUCGAGCUCAAGUCCGACCAUGCCACCCUCGAUAAAUUUGCUGACCCCGCGUUUGCUGCAAAGCAGGUGGAACUCUUUGCUGAAGGCAAAGGACUCUUCCGUACUGGCAUCACCUCAUUCGCCUACGUCCCCCUCGCAGUCGCCAACCCCAAUGGUGCUCCAGCAUUCUACGAAAAAGCCGCGGCCGAGGUCAAGGCCCUCAAGGCGAAGGGGAUUCACCCUGGUCUUGCCGAGCAACUGGACAUCCAGCUCGACAUCCUUCGCGACGAGACCCAGCCUGAGUUCGAACUCGUCGCGUUCCCUGCAUUCUUCACUGGCAUCUCUAAGCCAGAGUCGGGCAAGAGCUACGUCUCAAUUCUCGGAAUGUUAAAUCAUCCACUGUCUCGGGGCACUAUCCAUGCCACGAGCAAAGACCCCAAAGAGCACCCCGCAUAUCUGGAGAUCCUCGUCGAGCAAGUGAAGUACAUCCGAAGCAUGAUUCAGACUGAGCCCUUCAAGUCCGGCGUCGUCCGCGAAGUCGACCCAGGCCCGAACGUCCAGACGGACGAACAGAUGCGCGACUACGUGAAGAACCAUCUCAGCAGCACCUGGCAUACGGUCGGCAGUUGCUCGAUGCUUCCGAAGGAGAAGCAGGGUGUCGUCGACCUAGAGCUGAAGGUCUACGGAACGUCCAACCUUCGCGUGGUCGACCUUUCGAUUGUACCUCUUCACAUCGCUGCACAUACACAAGCCACGGCGUACGUCAUUGGAGAGAAAGCGGCGGAAUUCAUCAAGGCAGGAUUGAAGAAAUAG